CGUGAAAAAAUAUCCUAUGUUAACACAAAACCCCAUUCACAAAACGUAUUGACUUUGGGACGAUGGAUCCGGAAGUGCUAAAAUGCUAACUCGUUUCUGGGUUUUACCUACAAAAAUAUGCAUGUGGCACUCUAGACCAUUACCUCUCAGAGCAGUUACCUGGGCCAUGAUGGGCAUCUGCUCUAACUGUAGCAGCACACUUAUUUAUUGACUUCUUUUAUUAUUAUUAUUCACAAUGUUGAGUGACAACAGAGGCCAAAUCAUAAUGGUAACUCAAAUCCUGGAAAUGAUGAACAAUUUAUCAUAAUGACUAGUCUAAUGUAUGGAUGUAUGCAUGUACGUACGGUAAAUAUACAACAUAAAUGUACACAAAACUUUUACCUUUGUUUUAUUGGUAUAUUUAGCAUUAUUGUAUGUAGUUUCAGAUCAUGUUGGGAGGAUCUGAACUAGUGGCUAAGCCAGAAGGGUUUCCCAGUAUGGAAAAACCGCACCAUUGUGCACUGUAUUAUACUUUUACCAUUAUUUAAAUUGUGUUAGGCUAUAAUAUAUAUAUUUUUUACUUUAAUUGACAAUUAAUUGAUGUAGUUUGCAAAUAUAGUCUUCUGCCAUUCUCCUCUACCAGCUAAACUGCUACAUAGGUGAGUGCAUUUACAAUUAUUCAUUUAGUUUUUGUCCGAUUUAAAUUAGAAAUGAGGAAUACAAGCAAUUUGGCUUAGGAGGAGGCAAUAGCAGCAAUACAUGGUUUGAAUCAUUGUCUAGAACUUUAAAAGCAAGGAGAGGAGUAGAUGUGAAAGAAAGAUAUUUUGCUUUUAUUUUAGAAAUAGUUAGGAGGAUGCAGUUAAAGAGUUUCAGAAUGAAUGUAGACAGUGUCUAAGAACUGAAAUGAAAUUCUUGUUGACAUUCUAAUAAUCCACUUUGAACUUCUAAGAAUCAAACAUUUUGAUAACAUUCGUGAAAGUCAUUUUAAUGUUAGCUACAACUUAAACUGCUUUUGGUUUUGUGUUAAAAUAGUUUAAAACAAGCAGGUUCAUGAAUCUAUGACACCACAGUUUUGAAAUGGUUUAGUCACUAUAGUUUAUAUGCAAGAAACCAUCUGAAAAUAAGGAAUCUGGCAGGCCUCAAGUAGAGGCCUUCUUUGGUCUCAGUCAAGGCAAGCCACUUGUUUCAAACUUAUUUUAUUUCCUCUCAGAGGGUAAAAUAAUAUAGGUUUUGUUGAUUACAAGGCAUUGUAAUCGUUACUUUUUACUUUUUUUUGUGAAUUGUUUAAUAGUUCUAAAUUUGAUCAAUUCAUUCAUGUUUUUUAAUAUAAAUUGAAAUAUAAAUAUCUUUUUACAUCCACAUUAUGGUGAGUUUUUAUAAAUGGAAAUAAUAUUAUUUGCUAAUAAAUAUAUUACUAAGCACAAAGCCUCAGUAAUUACUGACGUUACAUAGAACGUAACAUUUUACGUCCCCACCGUGACUAUCCCCUCCCCCACCCCGCUGGAUUCACACCUGCGACACGGGCUGCGAGAUACUCCAGACACAGCGCGCUGCAGAGGAGAGAAGAUGUCUAAGGAUAAUGAAGAUGAAACUAGUUACAAGUCAUCUACGUAUGGCAGCUCUGGAUGUACAGUGGAUGAUCUGACAGAUGGUCCUGAAAAGACGACUACGAUAGAUGGUCCUGAAAAGAAGACAAAGCUCAACACACGCACAACAGAAGAAUCUCCUUCAAAUUCAGAGUUGAGCGAGGAUGAAUAUAUACCAGAGACAGAGGAAGAAUCAGACUCUGAAUCAGACAAUAAAUGGAGUGAGUGUGUGUCAUCUCAGGCACUCCGAAAUUUGAGCGAGGCAAAAUGGAACUGUCCACAACUUCUUCCCUUUGCUGACGAUGUGAAAAAAAUGCACCAGUAUCUUGACAGACAGAGUAAGGAAUACCAAGCAAAACUUGAAGAAGAACCAAGUAACAAGCACUGGGCAGAACUUGCAAAAGUGACACUCUGUCAGGUGAUACUAUUCAAUCGUAGAAGGGAAGGAGAGGUAUCCAAGAUGGCCCUUAAUGCUUUUAUAUUGAGGGAUACCUCAUCGACUCAUCCAGAUGUAGAGCUUGCUCUGUCAGACCUUGAGAAAAGACUUUGUAAGCACUUCCAGAGAAUCGAGAUAAGAGGCAAACGUGGACGAAAGGUCCCCAUUCUACUUACACCUGAAAUGAUGAAAUCAUUGGAGUUACUGGUGAACCAUCGCCGCGAGUGUGAUGUGCUUGAUGAGAAUGCAUUUGUGUUCGCGAGACCACAAGCCCUCAGCCACUUCAGAGGUUCAGAAGCUAUUCGUGAAAUUGCUCGAAGCUGUGGGGCUAAACAUCCAGAGGCAUUGUCCUCUACUAAACUGAGAAAGCACAUGGCCACCAUGUCCAAGGUCCUCAACUUGAAGGAUAAUGAAAUGGAUGACCUUGCUGACUUUUUAGGACAUGACAUCAGGGUGCAUCGGCAGUUCUACAGGCUACCUGAAGGUACCUUACAGCUGGCGAAAAUCAGCAAAGUUCUAAUGGCCAUGGAACGAGGUCAGAUAGUAGACUUCAAAGGAAAAAAUCUCGAUGAGAUCCAGAUUGAUCCAAAAGAGCUGGUACUGAUGGACAGUGAUGUAUCAGACUCUGAAAAUGAGAAAGCGAUGACUGGAAAUUAUCCUUCAAGUUCAGCAGGCAAGAACGAUAAAAAAGUGCAUCCGAUUGGCAAGGACUUGAGGAAACCACACGCAGCAAAGAAAUCUUCAAAAAACGCACGGAGAAAGUGGUCCACAGAAGAGAUCCAGGCUGUGGAAGAAACCCUAAUGAACUGCAUCAGGUCUGGAAAAGUUCCUGGAAAAGCCCAGUGCAUGGAGUGCAUUGAAAGGUCCCCAUCAGCACUUCAAGGGAGAAGUUGGAAAGGGGUGAAAUUUUAUGUUAAAAAUCGCAUUGAUUCCAUGAAGCGUAAAAUGUAAAACGAUAGAGCCUUUAUCAAGAUGUUUUUCCCAUGUUUGUGGAUAGGAUAGCAUUGGUUUGUUGAAAACUUAAAAUUAAAGGUAAAGGGCCUUUAUAGGGCUGGGUGAUAAUUUUAUGUUAAAAAUCACAUUGAUUCCAUGAAGUGUAAAAUGUAAAACGCUUGAGUCUUUGUCAAGAUGUUUUUCCCAUGUUUGUGGAUAGGAUCGCAUUGGUUUGUUGAAAACUUAAAAUAAAAGGUAAAGGGCCUUUAUAGGGCUGGGUGAUAUAUCACAUGUGAUUAUUUAUGCACAUCUCAUCAGUAAAGCAGUUUCCAUUAUUAGUAGUAAAUCGCUAUCACCUGCUUUCCAAAGAUUUUCUUUCAGAUGAAGCAGCAUUUACUACACAGAGACAUAGUUUACUGACAAACUAUGCAAUAUCACAUUAAUUAUUGUAGGUGAUACGUCCGUGAUAAUGAAUGUGAUAUUGCAUAGUCUCUGUGUAGUAAAUGCUGCUUCAUCUGAAAGCUUUACUGAUGAGAUAUGCAUGAUAAUCACAUGUGAUAUGUCACCAAGCCCUAGGCCUUUAUCAAGAUGUAUUUUUCCCAUGUUUGUUGUUGGGAUGUUAAAUCCGUUAAAUAAAGAAUACUGACUAAUCAA